CCGUCCAUGAGCGAUCCGGCUCCAUGACAUGUUUUCCGGGCAUCUCGGUCGCAGCGUGAGGAAGUGGGGCUUUCACAGGAGCUGAGCUCGCUCGUUUCUGAGAACACAGAAUACACUGGGUGGGGGGGAGACGCAAACCCACCACACAGCUGCACACGGGAGACUCAGCCAACGGGUCUCUACUCGGACUCACCAGGGAUAACAGGAAGAAUUUCUGUGCCUCUGAGGAACGCAAACAAACAGGAUAUCGGACGUUCUCAUUCGGCGUCGGAUUCUACCGAAUGCACCGAUCUCAGCGGAUCUCGUACCGGAUCCAUUCGGGCUACUGUAGCAAGAGGAACGUGUCUCGCGCAACGAGGAGGAAAAGAGACGUAUGGUCACAACACUUGACCGAGGAAGACACUGACAGGCAGCUGAUAUUGGAAGACGAAAUGACAUGCACUUAGGUUGUUAGCUUAUCUCCCAUUGCCCGUUGGUUUAGCGAGCAAGUGGUUUGGUCGCCCGGGAAAAGACUCAACUUCCAGUGGCGAGAGACCGCGGACGGCGCACCGAGCUAACGUUAGCUAGCCAAUUUCCUCCUUCCAACGCCCCCUCCCCCCAUCAUAACAGCUAGCUAGCCACUGGUGUCUCCGUGCCAGAGCCCACGACACUGGGCGAAAGCAACGAUUACGGCAAAUGGUGUGCGGUUUGGUCCGUGUUUUUCUUUUUAAACGAGGUGCGUUUGCCCCGAGGAUCGGGAUUCGUUAGCCGAGAUCGCUAACUGGCACGAGUGGGUUUGGCGUCGGCGCGACCAAAGCGGCUGUUAGCUAGCUACCUGCGCUAGCCGAGUCAGUGUAUUAUCUAAUGUUAGCGGGUUAGUUGAAAUUGAACUGGCUCACAGCACGGGGUUUAGCUACUUGCUACGCGACCGUAAGCGACUCGCUACCGAAGUAGCGACGUUUUGCACAGCGGUUUGGUCGUAGACAACCUCCCUAGAUCCUACAUUCAACUAACGUGAACUGGCUGAUUUUUCGUGGCAUGAUUUGUUUAAAUAUUGCAUAUAUAGUUACCGUAGCGCCAAUAACAUAUAGUUGUUUUCUUGUUAGCUAGAGGGAUUUUUUUUUAGUCGGAUAUCUAGCUGAUUGUUGUUUUUUUCUGCACGCUGGCCUGGAUAUCCAGCUAGAAACCUGCAUCUGUAUGGCGACGUGUUCUGCGACAAAUGUCCUCCUGGUGAAGAAGAGCGUUGUUGUCCCAAGUCUUCGUUUUGGUGAAUACAUGUGAACCUCCCUUAUACGGCAUCUGGACUAUUCAUUCGUGGUCCGAUUUGUUGUUGUUGUUGUUGUUGUGGUUGUUGUUGUUGUGAUACAGGCGAAGCUGGCUUCUUGUUGUUUUCGCUCUCUCCCCUUGUCGUCAUUUUCACGGGAUGUCUUCGUCGGAUGCCAUUUCGAUAGAUUUUAUGCAGCAUCUUCGUAGACGCUUAAUGUUUUGUUUUAUGUUAAAAACAUAGGCGACAAGGCGCCGUUAGGAAGCUUUAAAAGCUUCGCACAUACCGCAAGGUUGACAUGAUUUUUUAGCUUUCCAAGAAGAUAAAAAAACCAAUCAUCCAGGAUCAGUGGGCUUCGAGAGUUAUUAGCUAACUAGCUGGCUUGCUAGUUAGCCAGAUCUAGCAGGUGGCCCAUCUAAAUACGUGAAGCGGUCUGGAUGUGGUGGUGGGGGGGAGGCAGAGACGAAAACCUCACCAAUCUCGUCUGCUGUUAUUUUGAACUGCUUAUAUUCGGAGUCCAUGAAACCGCAACACACGUUUUGCACAUAACGGAACCUUAUUGAUGGAAAGAAGACAACACGCACCCAGAUGAGUGAACUCUCCAUAAACGAGUCAUCUAUUGAGCUAUAUCCAUUUUUUUGUGUGUGUUUGUUUUUCUGUCACAAUGGUUGUGUUUUGAGAGACCGUGUUUUGCCAGACCUCGGAGGAAGAAAACGACACGCUCCAUUCGGAUGGUCGCCCCUGUCAUCCGCAUAGCUGUCUUGGUCGUCCUGGUUGGAUCUAGCUAGAUUCAGUGGACAUUCGCUUCGUCUUUUCCUUAAAUAAAAAAAAUAAAAAAACGUUCCCACGGCAGGUGUGGUGUCCACCCAAGGUUGAAGAUGGCGGACCUCGAAGCAGUUCUCGCCGAUGUCAGCUAUUUGAUGGCGAUGGAGAAGAGCAAAUCUACUCCAGCGGCCCGGGCGAGCAAGAAAAUCAUACUGCCUGAACCCAGUAUUCGCAGUGUGAUGCAGAAGUACCUAGAGGAGAGAGAUGAGCUGACGUUCGACAAAAUCUUCAACCAGAAGAUUGGUUUUCUGCUGUUCAAAGAUUUCUGUUUGACUGAAAUCGACGAGGCCGUGCCGCAGCUCAAGUUCUACGAAGAGAUUAAGGACUACGAGAAGUUGGACUCUGAAGAGGAGAGGUUGUGCCGUAGCAGACAGAUCUACGACGGCUACAUCAUGAAGGAACUCCUCUCCUGUUCACAUGCCUUCUCUAAGAAAGCAGUGGAUCACGUUCAGACUCACCUGGCCAAGAAGCAGGUGCCUCCCUCUCUCUUCCAGCCGUACAUCGUGGAGAUCUGUGACAGCCUGCGAGGGAUGAUCUUCCAGAAGUUCAUAGAGAGUGACAAGUUCACUCGUUUCUGCCAGUGGAAGAAUGUGGAGCUGAACAUCCAUUUGUCGAUGAAUGACUUCAGUGUCCACCGCAUCAUCGGUCGGGGGGGUUUCGGGGAGGUGUACGGCUGCAGGAAGGCUGACACUGGCAAGAUGUAUGCCAUGAAGUGUUUGGAUAAGAAGAGGAUCAAGAUGACAGGGGAGACUCUGGCUCUGAACGAGAGAAUUAUGCUGUCACUUGUCAGCACAGGGGACUGUCCGUUCAUAGUGUGCAUGACGUACGCCUUCCACACACCAGACAAACUCUGCUUCAUCCUGGACCUGAUGAACGGAGGGGACCUGCACUACCACCUGUCUCAACACGGUGUGUUCAGUGAGAAGGAGAUGCGUUUCUACGCAGCAGAGAUCAUCCUGGGACUAGAACACAUGCACAACCGCUUCGUCGUCUACAGAGACCUCAAGCCUGCUAACAUCCUAUUGGAUGAGCAUGGUCACGUGCGUAUCUCAGACCUGGGUCUGGCCUGCGACUUCUCCAAGAAGAAGCCUCACGCCAGUGUUGGUACCCAUGGGUACAUGGCCCCGGAGGUGCUUCAGAAGGGGACGGCGUACGACAGCAGCGCUGACUGGUUCUCACUGGGCUGCAUGCUCUUCAAACUCCUCAGAGGGCACAGUCCCUUCAGACAGCACAAGACCAAAGACAAACACGAGAUUGACCGCAUGACGCUCACUAUGAACGUGGAGUUGCCAGACUCGUUCUCUGUGGAGCUGAAGGGUCUGUUGGAGGGUCUGCUGCAGAGGGACGUGGCCAAGAGACUGGGCUGCUUGGGACGAGGCGCCCCAGAGGUGAAGGAGCAUCUGUUCUUCAAAGGCAUCGACUGGCAGCAAGUGUAUCUUCAGAAGUAUUCUCCCCCUCUCAUCCCUCCAAGAGGAGAGGUAAAUGCAGCAGAUGCAUUUGACAUUGGCUCCUUUGACGAAGAGGACACCAAGGGUAUCAAGUUGUUGGACAGUGACCAGGAAUUGUACAAGAACUUCCCUCUGGUCAUCUCAGAGCGCUGGCAGCAGGAGGUGGCUGAGACGGUGUACGAGGCGGUCAACUCCGACACGGACAAGAACGAGGCCCGCAAGAGGACCAAGAACAAACAGCUGGGCCACGAGGAGGACUAUGCCCUGGGCAAGGACUGUAUAAUGCACGGCUACAUGUUGAAGCUGGGGAACCCGUUCCUGACGCAGUGGCAGCGCAGAUACUUCUACCUGUUCCCCAACCGAGUGGAGUGGAGGGGAGAGGGGGAGUCACGGCAAAACCUGCUGACGAUGGAGCAGAUCGUGACGGUGGAGGAGACGCAGAUUAAAGAUAAGAAGUGCAUCCUGCUGCGCAUCAAAGGGGGGAAGCAGUUUGUCCUGCAGUGUGAGAGUGACCCAGAGUUUGUCCAGUGGAAGAAAGAGCUGACCGAUGCGUUUACUGAGGCUCAGAAGCUGCUGCGUCGCGCCCCUAAGGUCAUCGGGAAGGGUCGGGCUGGUGUGGUGGAGUUCUCCAAACCACCUCUCACACACCGCAACAGCAACGGCCUGUAGGCCACACACACACACCUACACACACCACAUCCUAUAACCUCAUCCCCUAUGAACCCGCCCGCCACAGCCCCAAGUCCUAGACGCACACACACACACACACACACACACACACACACACACACCA